GUGUGCUGGUGUGACCUAAAACUAAAAACACCUGAUAGGUCAUAUAUAAAUUUUAUUUACGGCUGCGAUAAUCUAAUCAUAUCCUGUAGAAUUUACAUGCACUGUGAUUGUUGACUUUCCUUCCUUCGUGUUUUCUGUGAUCGUGCUGAAAAUGGAUACAAAAAUGGUCUCUGUUGUUGUGUUUGCAAUAUUAGUCAGCUCUUGUAGUGCCGCGUCUGGACGGAUUUCUACUAAAAAUUUAGAUUCAUUAGAUGCUAAUAGUGACACAUUAGUGAGCAAUAGUACUUGCGAAGACGUAGUGCAACAUUACACAGAUAAAAAAAUAGGUUCCCUUGAAGACAGCACGGAUAUGACACAUGAAGCUGACGAAACACCUCUGUGUUCGAACUCGUGGAAUGUGUCUUGUUGCACGCCUACGAUGGAGAGGCGGUACGCCGAAGCCAGCAAAAGAGAGUUUCAGAUUAUGCUCCAGUCCUCCAACGCCUUUCUCCAGAACCUGUUAGCCACCAGUGCUACUAAAUUACGUGAUAAUUUCCUUGAAAUGAUCCAAGUAUCUCAAAACAACACCAACGUCCUCUUCUCCGAUGUCUACAAAAAGAUGGACGGAGUGGCAAGGGGACCUGUGUCGCAGCUUUACUCGGACCUUUCGUCCUACGUUCUAGGGCACACCCUUGAACUCGAAACUCGUGUGUCUGCCUUCUUUGAUCUUCUGUUUCCUUUAGUUUACCACCAUUCCAUUAAUCCUAAACUUAAGGAUUUCAGCGAGGAUUAUAAAGAGUGCUUACGAGAGACAAGACAAGAAAUCAGACCUUUUGGUGACAUUGCCGACCACGUGUCACUCCACAUCACCAGGUCAUUCUCUGUAGCCCGGACAUUGCUGGAAGCUUUGCAAGUUGGCGUCGAAGUCAUUGGUGCCACGGAUCACAUGAUCUUUCGGGCUGAUUGCAAUGCAGGUUUAAUGAAGCUUGUGUAUUGUUCGAACUGUGCCGGAUUUGCCAAAGCGAAACCUUGCAGUGGAUAUUGUUUGAACGUCGUAAGGGGUUGCCUAGCACACGUUGCUGAACUAGAUCAACCCUGGAGUGACUAUGUCAGUGGAUUAGAAAGAAUGACUUCUGGAUUAAUUGCGUCAUAUAAUAUUGAAGAAGUUCUUAGUGUUUUGGAUACUAAAAUAUCAGAAGCAAUAAUGUAUGCGAUGGAAAAUGGCCCGGAGCUAUCUAAAAAGGUGAAAGUAGCUUGUGGCCAUCCCAGACGGGCAUCUCGUGAUGUCACGGAGCCUAGUGUCUUAACUCCUGGCGGGACGCCCGGACGCAUAGUUCCCGUCCGGUCUUCAACGGAUAGCUUGUACAUAAGACUCCAACAAAUUGUGCAGAGAUUGACUGAAACGAAAGGACAUUAUGCCAAUUUGGCUGACAUUGUCUGCAGCGACGAAUCUUGGGCAGUGAGGGAAGAAGGACAAUGCUGGAACGGAACUUCUCUGGGACAGUACACAAAGACAAUCGCAGGCGUUGGAGUGGCAGCUCAGAGGUAUAAUCCUGAAAUGAAAGCUCCAGAAACUGAUGAUUUAGUAAUAAUGGGACUGGAUGAAAAGUUACAGAAGAUGAGUCGGCAACUUCGACAAAGCAUCACGCCAGAGCUGCCCCAAGCAGAUUCAUACAUGGCAGAAGGCAGCGGCAGUGGCGUUUGGCCCAGGAACCAAGUUGGUGAUGAUGAAGACUACGACAAAGGCUCCGGUAGCGGAGACUGGGGAGGGACACAGCGUAGCGACUUCAACUUCGACAGUGGGGAUUCCCGUGAUGUGAACAUCAAAGUCAAGGACAACAGUGCAACGUCCUCCUCCACCUCCAGCACUCUCCUCUUCCUUGCUGUGCUACUAGUCACACUUCUGCCCGGCCUACGGUUACACUGACCACGUGGCAAAUGAAUCACAGUGCCAUUUAGGAAAAAGCAAAAUCAUUAUAUAUGUAUAUGUCUGCAUCAAUCGGAUUAUUUAAGGGAAGAUGGUCGGAGAAGAAAUACAGUGAGAAGUGCAAGAGAAAAUUUUCUUUCUCUGGUGCUGAUAAUUCAAAAACUGUCCCCAGCACCCUGUCAGCAAGUUUUCUAGCUAAAUGUUAAAAUGCAAAAUCAACCGGAACUGAAACUGGAAAGGCAUUAAUUACAGUGGCCUCGUAAGAUUGGACUACGACUGCGUUUUGUUGGGUUUAGAUUUCGAAUGCAGUUCCUGUUAUUUGCUGGUAUCAGUCAUUCUUAUGUAUACGUGAUUUUUUUUCUCUGUUUAGAAAAAUAAUUUUCUGUUCAAAAGCUUAUUUUUAAGAAGUUUUAAGUUUUCUGUGUUCCAUUUGUGUUUAGUUGUUCCCGAAUGAUUGUUGAUUGUUUUGUGUGCCGGAGAGCUUCAGAAGAACUGGAAAACGCGUGCUCAUGUGAUUGAAAACGAUUGGGGAUAAUUUUCCAAGUUUUGUAUACAAAAUAAAAGAAAUAGUUGUUGAUAUGUAUGUAUAAAUAAAUGUAAUGCAGUUAAAUUCAGUGAGCUAUUUGUAAAGUCAUUGUUUCAAUGAACUGUAAAAAUUAUAGCUAAAGAAUCAGUAUUACUGAUAUUGUGAAAUAAUCUUUCUAAAACUGAAAUUUGAAUUAAAUCUGUAUCAAAAUCUUUUCCUAUCCUGUUAUAUUAAUUGUAAAAUUGUGAUUUAAAUAAAAAGUCGAGAAAAUUGGAACGGGUGAAGAAUUUGGCUAAAGGUUUGUUUAAAACUGCUGACUGACUGUAUUGGUUAUGUCUUCGAAACAAAAAUUACUAGAAAUGGUUCAAGUUUCAUUGUUGAUUUUGCGCAUUUUUUAAGCUUUUUAAAACUAUUUCAGAAAAAUACCUUCAUUUGAAGAAUUUCAUCCUGUAACUUAAUUUCCUGCAUAAUUUCAGUUGUGUUAUUCGCAUUUUCAAUGUUUUUAAUGAUCUCUAGUUUGGUACUUGUCAUUUUAAUCAUCGUUUUUAAAUUUCCGAUUUUAUUUCAUUUAACAUCGUCGCUUUGUUUCUGUUAUGACUUCCUAACUAAAGCAGGUUUAAAAAGAGUCUUCAGCUUUUGGAGCGUUAAGAAAAAUGUCUGUAAUUUAAAUUCAGAGUGAUUUUUUCCUACUAGGAUGUUCUUCAUUGGAAAAGAAAACAUUAUUUGUUUGGUUUCAAAGUAGUUUUUGAAUCUUGUCACCUAAUCGUAAUCAGUCUCAGUUUUAUAGUCAAGUCAAAUGUUUAAAAAGAAGUCAUGGAAUUUUUGUACAAUGUUGGUGCUGCCAUUUGUUGACUAAAAUAAUUUACAUUGGCCUGCAAAUUUAAAAAAGGAUGUUACUCAAAAAACGCAAGACAUUUGCUAACAUCGUGUAAAAAUUACCUAUUUUUUGAAUUUGAAAUCGAAUAAUUGAUAUUUAUUAAUGAAAUAAACGAAUUAAUAUUGUCUAACUGCUGUGAUUAACACUUUUUGUAGCUGUGUUAUGUACAUAAUGCAGGUGUACAUGUCUUACAGUGUGGAUAUUUUUUUUUUCGUUUAUUAUGUAUGUAACAAUUAGAUUUUGUAAGGUAUUUGAAUACUGUUUGUUUUACUGCACUUAGUGUUUUCAUUUUAAUCACAUAAGGGAGAAAAUUUGUAACAUAGUUGUAAGUAGUCCUUUAACAUCCGGGGUGCCCCCCCCCCCUUCCCAGGGCCUGAUUAAGAUAUCAGGAGGGCCAAGGCCAAACACUUUUUUAAGGCCCCUCUGUAGUAAAACCUUGAAAUUUUAGCUAUUGCCGCAAACAAUUUUGACCAUUUCGGGGACCCUAAAAGCGGCAGCCCUACGCCAUGGCCUAGUUGGUCUAUUCAGUAAUCGGGCCUUGCCCCACCCCAUGACACGUGCA